GCUGAACAAGUGAAGCAAUCGCCACCGUCUGCCGAUUCAAUUCAUCCCCCACCCCUCCUCUCUUCACACACACGAAUGGCCACUAAAGUCGCCACGAUGCUUGCCGCUGCUGCUGCUGCCCCCGCAGCAACGGCGCCCAGCCGGGUGAGAGGCGACGGAGACGAGCGGAGGAGCUGCGCCGGCGACAGCGGCGAGCAGCCGGCGGCGGCGGCGACUACGGCCUCUACCCGGGAAGGAGGCGCGACCCCGGGCAGGGCUGCUCAGGCGAGGCCGCAGGCUGCACGAGGAGCCGCAGGCCGCGCCCCGGGAAACCCGUGGGGCGAGACGCAGCUCUCCUCGCAGGCCAAGCCGCUGAAGACACCGAAGGCCAAGAGAGGGGGCAAGGGCGGCGGUGACCUGGAAGACGUCGCGAGCUGGCCCACACUCGGGGAGAUCGUCGUCUCAGAGGCUCCGCCGGACAAGGCGACGCGGAGGGAGCGGAAGCCCGAGAGCGUCGCCACCGUGGCCGACUCCGCCGCCGUCGCCGCCGACUACGACGACGAAGCUCGCGUCGACGGAGCCGACGCUCGCGACGCUCGGGAGGCUCGCGACGCUCGCGACGUCCGGGACGUUCGCGAGGACGCCAAGCAACCCCGCUCGCCCGUGGCACGCAGGAGAGGAGGGAAGCAGAAGUGGAUUCCGCUGAGCCUGGACGGGCCCUUGCGGUCGCAGAGCGGCGGCGGAGGCCAGCGCGGUGGCACCGGACGAUCGGCCUCCGACUCGGCCGCCCCACGCAGACCGGAUGACUCCAAGAGCUGGCGCCGCAGCGAAGGGCUGGAGGAUGCCGGCUCCGGGCGGGGAGGCGGUGGUGGCGGUGCCGGAGGGGCCUACCGCGGGCGGGGGAGGGGCAGCCGGGCCAGGGGGAGGGCCCGGGGUCGAGGGAACCCGCGCGUCCACUACGACCACCGCUACGGGGGGGUCGUCCCUUUCCUGGGCGGCGUCGGUGGCGGCAAGAAUGGGCGCCCCGCCGCGGGCACGAAGCCUCUGUUCGUCGUGGACGGUGCCAACCCCCCACCGCACGGAGGAGCCCUCUACUCCGUGGACGAGACGCUGCUCAAGGAGUACAUCAAGCGGCAGAUCGAGUACUACUUCAGCCCGGAGAACCUGGAGCGGGACUUCUUCCUGCGCCGGAGGAUGGACCCCCAGGGCUUCCUGCCGCUGUCGCUCGUCUCCAACUUCUACCGCGUGCAGACGCUCACCACGGACGUGAAGCUCAUCCUGGAGGCGCUGGAGGACAGCGUGGUGGUGGAGAUGCGGGACGGGCGCCUGCGGUGCCGCGUGGCGCCCGAGGUGUGGCCCCUCCCCCCCAGCGAGGGCUGCCCCACCGACUUCACCCUCCUUCUGCACUGCCCCGAGUUCGUGCCCAAGCAGGCGGCACGGGUCAUCACAGAGUCGGCCCCCAGCUCCCCGCGCGCCAGCCCGGUCCGCGGCGGCCCGUCGGGCGCUGGCGACGUGGGGGGCCCGUUGUGCCCCCUCUCCCGCGGCCUCUCCACCAGCCUGCCAGACCUCGACUCGGAGCCCUGGAUCGAGGUCAAGAAGAAGCACCGACCCUCGCCAGCUCGCGAGCGGGCGAAUGGCGAUGGCGGCAGUGGCUCCCGAACGUCACCGGAGGGGACGUCUCCCCGAUCGCGCGAACACCAGAGCUCGCACAGCAGAAAGCAGCAGCAGCAGCAGAACGAUCAUCAUCAUCAGAGUCGUAGCCAGACGCCCAGCCAGGCGCGCUCGCACCGCGACGGCGAGCGUCCCGACGACAAGGAGGAGCUCGACUUCCUCUUCGACGAGGAGCUCCUGGAGCAGCAGCCGAUGGACGGCCGGAGGAACCACUUCACGGACCCGGACUCGGACUGGGACUCGGACUACGAGAUCGACGACAGCGACGUCAACAAGAUCCUUAUCGUGACGCAGACGCCGCCCCACCUGCGGCGCCACCCCGGCGGCGACCGCACGGGCAACCACGUGUCGCGCGCCAAGAUCUCGUCGGAGCUCGCCAAGGCCAUCAACGACGGCCUCUACUACUACGAGCAGGAGAUGUGGAAGGAGGAGAUGGAGCCCGAGUACGCGCAGAUGAAGCAAGAGAUUGAAAACUUCCGCAAGCUCACGAUGAUCAGCCAGGAGGAGUUCGAGACCCUGGCUCCCGAGCCUCCCGUGGACCCUUACCAGGAGGUGCCCCCGGGGCCCCCAAAGCAGCAGCCAGCGCCCACAGACGAGCUGGCGACGCGUCUGUUCGGCGCCGCCGGGCCCCCAUCUCCCGGCCUGGCUCGCUCCCUCCCCACGGCCGUGCCCGAGUCGCCGGCCAGGAGGCCCCCGCGCACUCCGCGCACUCCGCGCACCCCCCGCCUCAUGGACCCCAGCAAGACGCCGCGCUUCUACCCCGUGGUGAAGGAAGGCCGCGCCAUCGACAACCAGACCCCUCGCAAGAAGAAGACGCGGCACAGCACGAACCCACCGCUGGAGAGCCACGUGGGCUGGGUGAUGGACGCGCGCGAGCACCUGCCACGAGGCUCGGCCGCCGGCGCGAGCGCCAGCCCCGCGGAUGGCGCCGGGACGCCGGCCCCGGGCAGCCAGAGCGGCACGCCGCAGUCGCUGCCCAAGUUCCAGCACCCGUCUCACGAGCUGCUCAAAGACAGCGGCUUCACGCAGCAGGUCUACCACAAGUACCACCGCAAGUGCCUCAACGAGCGCAAGCGACUGGGCGUGGGCCAGUCUCAGGAGAUGAACACGCUCUUCCGCUUCUGGUCGUUCUUCCUGCGCGACCACUUCAACCGCCGCAUGUACGAGGAGUUCCGGCAGCUGGCGCUGGAGGAGGCGAGGGAGGGAUACAGGUACGGCUUGGAGUGCCUCUUCAGGUUCUACAGCUACGGGCUGGAGAAGAAAUUCCGGGUGGAAAUAUUCCAAGACUUCCAGGCGGAGACGGUUCGCGACUACGAAGCAGGCCAGCUGUACGGACUGGAGAAGUUCUGGGCCUACCUCAAGUACUCCCAGGCCAAGCACGUGGACACGGACGCGCGGCUGCAGGGGUACCUGCGCAGCUUCAAGAGGCUGGAGGACUUCCGUGUGGUGCCCCCCAUCGGAGAGGAGGGCGGCCGAAGGAAACCGCCUGGACCGCCGGCGCCAAGCGGAGCGGCGGCGGAGGAGGCACCCGCCAGGCGGGCGUCGUCGGCGUCGUCGUCUGGCGCCAGGCCGGGCCCCGGCGGGGGCGGCGGCGGCGCCCGCGCCGGGGCCGCUCGCGCUCCCCGCUCGGUGGGAACGACGGCGACGUCGCAGCGAGCGGCCGAUCGUCCCUCCGCCGACGCCGCCGGCCGACGGAGUUCCACCGACGCCGCUGCCGAUGUCACCGUCCAGGCCCCGGGACGGGAUGCGCCGCCGCGAUCCCAGAAUGCACUUGGAGCCGCCGCGGCCGCCGCCACCGCAGCUGGCACCCCCCUGUAGCUGCGCUGCGCGGAAGGGAGACUCGGGAGCGGGAGAAGUCGGGGACGUGUCCUGCCCCUCGGCGUCCCGCGACGACCGCGAUGGCGAUGACGCGCUUGCAAGCGUCGGGGGGGAACACCCCUGCCAGCGGACGAACUGUGCGGCUGUUAAAUUCAAGAAAUGGGGACAAAAACAGACACGGGACAACCCAAAAAUAAAGGGAACAAUUCUGGCAAGAAGAGCUUCUCCCCCUCCGUUGUAGGAAGUCGUUUGCUUGGCACCCGGCUCGUUUUCAACGCGAGCGGGUCGAACGGCCGCCCCCCGACUGCACGUCAGCGCCGGAUUCCGUCCUCCCCUCGCGCCCUUCCCGCCCUCGCCGCUUUACGACGACGAGCGGCUCGACCGGCGCACGACGGGGGGCGACGGGGGCGGCUCUUCGUUCCGCGUCACGUUGGAACGUCGCGCUGAGGGGGACGAGGAAAAUUUGGCUUGCGACCCGCUCGAGUGCUUCGUGUUUUGUUUCAACGUCGCUCGACAGAUCCACGUGCCCGGGAUUCCUUUUCGGCGGUGGAGCAAACGCGCCGUUCUGUGCCUUGCGGUUGAGGGUGACGCAAACCCGGUGGCGCCGUGCUCACGGUGGAGGGUGGUGGGCCAGGUCAGGUGACAUCGGCGCACUCGGGGUGGAGCCUCGCCAGUGACGACGAAAAUGCCUCGGGCGCAGAGAAGUUUAAAAAGCGGAGUAAUAUAUUACCUAAAAACAAAAUAGAGAUGGGAAAACUCUAAAAAAAACCUUAACUAAUAUAUCCAAGUCUUCCCCGACUGCUGCAAAUGCGGUUUAAAUUAUCUUCAAAUUACUAUGUACGUCGAGAUGAUUAUAUUAAGCUUUUUUUUUACAAGCCAAGGUUCUAAGGAAUGUUCACUCUUCACUUCAAUGCCAACCCUGGCAAAGAUAAACAAAAACACAUUUGCGAGGUUAGGCUUGCUUUUUUAGCGAGACGUAAAAAAAAAGAAUUCCGUUCAGAUGUCGGGACGAUGCCAAGGCCGCGGCUGAUACGGACCCCCCCCACCAAGGUGAAGGGCAUCGCUUGAAGGGCUCGGCCGAUUUGGACAUCGUGUUUACCGCGGAUUCCAGAGGUUGCUCUAGGCCUCGGCACAUCGGGCCGUGCUUUGCUGCCAGAAGCAAGCUUCCCCUGCCGCGCGAGCGAGCGAGAGCGCACGCCGUUGGCUACCUACGGCGCGAAAGAAGGUUCGUCGCACGCACGCAGGAGCGCGGAGAUGUGAGCGCACGCAAGCGUAGGACAAUCCGGAACGGCGGGGAUGUGGGAGCGGAGCGGGUGUGACGGGUGACGUCCACGUGGCCGACCCGAGGCGCGGGGGAGCGGGAGCUGCGCGGGCUGGUGAGAAGGAGGCGGCGGGGGGUGCCGAAUUGGCGCUGCUCACGGGAGCGCUCUUGGCCGACGGCAAGACGGCGCAGCCUCCGAGGAACGUGGUCCACCGUGACCACGAGCAGCCACAUGACGAGAGACACCGCCGCUGCCGCUGCCCCGACAAAGACGGCUGAAUUUGAAAACGCACCCCCAGUGUGUUUCUUUUUGGCAAGAAAAAUAACAAAAAAUCUGGGCACACGCUUCCACGCACGCAGCAGCAGCCCUCCCCCGCCACCGGCGGCGGCGGCGUUGUUGCGAGGCCGAUUUAAGGGGCACACGAGACGUCGCGAUAGCGCCUUCGCUCGACGCCUUCCUGCGAGCAGAGAGCCCCCUUCGCCAAGGUGCGGCGGCAGAGACGUCGACGCGGCGUUUCCCAAGGGAACCUCUCCAAGCUGCAGCUUCCCAUCGACGACGAUUAUCCCUUGCCACCCCCCCCCCCCCCCGCGUUCUGUCGCUUGUUUUUUUUGCUAGCGAUGGCGCGGAACGGAUAGAUGGACGCACGGAUGCACAGAGGGACGGACGGAUGGACACACAGAUAGACGCAGGGACGGAACUCUGACCCAAUGUGGGGACGCGACCACCGUGGCAUCGGUUGGAGUAGCGGCGCCUGCCCGCCCCCCCCCCCCCCCGCAUUCUCUUUGCGGCCCAGCUCCUGGGGCCCCCUCCAUCACGUGGACCCUGGUGCGGUGUCCACCGCCUGAACACUCCGCCGUAGCUGCGUGUUUACCCCCCGCUGGUAGCAGUCCCUCCCCAAGUGAGCAAAAUGUCCACAUUCCUAUGGCGGGGAGAGUUGACCCCAGUGUUGUCACGCACGAUACAAGCACCCGGUGACCUCCACAGAUCCAUAAGCAGCCCUUCAUCAUUUUUUUUCUUACUCGACCACCGCCGAGAGACGUGUGAUGGGCUGCGUGUGUGAGGGUUGCGAGGCCGCGGUGCCACGCGGCCCGUGGUGCGAGCCGGUCUCUCAGUCUCCCUCGAUCCACGCGGUCAUUUUACCCCGGGCGUUACACUGACCACCGCGCGCACACACACACACACGCACACGGAACGGAGCUUUUAGUUUCUCGGGCAGGUGGUCGCUCACCCUCGUGUGCGUUACGUUGAUCUCCGUCUCGUUGCUCAACAAGGUGUUUGCAUCGCUGCCAUUGCGGCCGACCCGUAAGGCAGCUAUACUGGGGGUGCUUCUGUUCUGCCUAAUCUGUGCAUCGUAAUAAUAUCGCUGUUUUUCUCUUGGAGAGAUAACGACUGAAAUACAUGUUGACAUCCGACAAAAAAUCGAAACUGGCGAUUGUCCAACGCAACGUGGUUGUCGCAAAACCACCUGGGCCUCCAAAGGGCUCAGAUUGCUGGGGUUCAGCGAAGCCGACAAUUUUGAGCCACGGCUAAAGGGGAGGGACCGCAGAAGACUUUUCUACCAAAGUAGCCGGGAGUGGAUACCAAGCCAGCCACGCACGGACGCCGCGCUUGUCGCGAACCGCAAAAGUAAACUCGUGUGCUCUUGCUUCCGCCGGCGAUCAUCUGACACGAUCGAUACGAUCUAUCCCCGUUUGACAUGAUCGCCACGGUGGCUAGGAGAUGUUCACUCCCCCGCCUGGUAUGCAGGAGUUAGUGAGUUCGAUCCCGACCCUGACGACCGCUGUAUAUUUGGAGUUUGCGUGUCUCUCCCCGUGGUCGCGUGGAUUUUUUUCCCCUCCACAUUUAGAAUCGACGUCACACGUUUGGAGUAUCUGGCUGCUGCCAUAAAUCUCCACACGACGAGAAGCCACUUGGCUGAGCUAUCAUUUGUGAUGGCCAGGUUGCGUCUGGGAAAAAAGAGCGCUACAUUGCUCAGUGGGCCUGACCUGGUAAAAUAAAAUAAAAGUGUAAAAGUUGUUCUAUCCCCUUGCGUGUGACGGCAGUGGCAGCAGUGUGCUCAUCAGCGCCAUGCCACUGUCGAGAUCUGCUGCCACCGGCCGCGACAAGAGGGCUUCAUGAGAGAGAGUUGGUGUCGUUUUGCUAUUCCUCCUCCGUUGAGCGAGCGCCAGCGACAUUGAGCUGAUCCACUCGAAGACCUCGUCCCCCCAUCUGCACGUGGCCGUUACAAAAAGGGCCUCUCUUUUUGUCGCCAUUCAGCUCCACCCAUCGCACCUGGGUUCGUCUCACCGACGAAACCCGUUUCUACCGCUCGCCGGCGGCACGAGAGUUUGCGUUUUUGGCGAUCGCGACGGGUGGAGGCCACCGCUAGAAGUGGGCCACCGGCUCUCAACCCCCCCCCCCUCGGGUCACCGAUGGCGAGUGCGGUGACAGGAAGAUUGCAACCGCACGCGCUCGCUCGGGCACAUCUGUGAUAUCAUCUUUGUCAGCGUUCAUCUUUUGAGGAUGGGCCUCUUCAGUCGGUCCCCAGCUCUGGGCCCUGCGGUGCGACGCGACCGGUUGGCUGCCCGCUGCGUCGCCGCGUGCACCUUUGGCCGUCUCCCGCUCCUUUCCUUCGUCUCGGCCACUGCCCGCCGUCCCUGCUGAGCGAUGUUGUCGUGCCCAAGCGCCGCUUACAUUUUUCCGUGGCGAGUGCGGCAGUUUUGAAACUGGCUUCUGUACGAAAAAAUCGAUCAUUUGCAGCGAUUUUCCUCUGAAGUCGUUAUAAGAAGCGUUUCCUGGACCAAGCGCGGCUGUUCAUGUUUUAAAAUUCCCCGGCGUGUCCCCACAAUGCACCUUGUGUCGUGACGCGGCUUAAGUGCCGUCUCCCGCAAUGCACCUUGUGUCACAGUAUAGUUUUAACAUGUUUAAUAUGUACAGUACAUUCAUAACCACAGUGGCGUCACUGGGGACAGGUCAUGUCCGGCAAUCCUGGGGGGGGGGGGGGGGGGACUUCAAAUUACCUUUCUCUAAUGAACGAAGCUCUCGCCAAGGCAGGCAAUGGACGAUGCUGGGUCACCCCUACGCAUGCAUCUUCUAGAAAAUAAGAGAAUUGUUCCGAGGUUGCAUCCCUCCUUGACAAAAAAAAACCUCGCAUCUCUCAAAAAUAGUUUUGUUUUGUACGAGCAGUUAGGUGAUUUCUUUCUUUAAAAAUGUUGCCACGUUCUUGAGACUUCACACCCCCUCCAGACCUCUGUUUGGAUAUCACGCGCGCGACGGCCCCUUCCGAAAAUCGACGCCGGUGCGGGUCGUAGGGUUUUACACGACCCUCCACGUCGGUCAGGCGGCGAGAGGGGGGGCCGUAGAAAUACAGCACAACAGCGGACGGCGUCGGCGCCGUCGACGGUAACCCUUGCAACCUCGGGGAGUGCCAAUCUGCCGUCCCGCGCGGUGGCGGUCGCUUCGUCCCGGGAACUACCCAAGCCCGGCUUUGGUUUUGCCCCGGGAACGGAGGAGAGAGCCGCGGGGCCCAUUGGAGGCCCACCGGUCAUCUCGUCGCUCCUCUUUCGCUUGGAAUGCGUUCGUUUUUUGGUUGUUCACCGCAGCGCCUUGGUGAAGCCCCAGUACGUUGUGGCUUGUUUACAAAGAGGACACGGUAGUUUAGUGCGAGCGUGUGACUGACGUGCGUGUGACUGUGUGUGUGUCGCCAUUAAAUAUUGGAGGGCAGUUGUGGAGAGUUUCCCAUACCUUGGCAGUGUGCUCAUCAUCGGCUCCGGUUUAACAGCAGAGGGUCUCAUUCCGAAUCAGUCGAGCGGCAUGAUCUUUUCUUCGGUUGCGUAACGCUGUGUGGAAGCUACCUGGUCUGUCGCUCCGCACGAAGCUUCAGGUCUUCUCGGCCACAGUCAUUCCCUCCCUUCUCUACGCUUGCGAAACGUAGACCCCCCCUAAUGGAACAUCUUCGCCGGUUAGAAACAUUUAGGCUGGCCUGCCUACGAUCCAUCCUGGGUUUAACCAGGCUGGAUUGUGUGAGGAGCUCACAAAUGCUUGAAAGAUGUGGACAAAGUCCCAUCGGUGAGCUCCUCCGGCAGGCAAGGCUGUGUUGGCUGGGUCAUGUAGCCCGCAUGCCCAGCCACCGCAUGCCGAAACAGCUUUUGUUUCGCCGGAUCGAGGGGGCUAAACGGGCGCAGCACGGGCUCGAGAAGAGAUGGAGUAAUGUGGUACAGGAGGACGUGGAGCUGAGUGGACUUGCCGAUGACUGGUACCAGCGGUGUCAAGAUCGGCCUCUGUGGAGGAGGCUCGUGAAGGACGCUACUGGGCAGUUGGAGGCAGUCGCCCUCCAGCAACAACGGAGGGCGGGGGAGCGACGCUCACAACAAAGAGCGGAGCGCCGGGUGGCUAAAACACAGCAAGUUGGCACAAUAGGGGGCACAGGUGGUGCAUCAGCCAGUCAUCUUUGUCAGUCGACCUGUGGCAUCUGGGUCUGCCCAGUGACCUGCCAACGAACGUUUGACACUUCAUGUGGCCUCAACGUGCACAUAGCCUGGCACAAGCGUCGUGGUGGCGGUUGUUGUGCUCGCUAAACAGCACUUGGCCCCCAAAAGUCUAAAUUCUAUACAGGUGAUCUGUGUCGCCUGUGUGUACAUUAUUCCUGCUUUAGAACAGAGUAUAUCUAUAUUAUUUUUUGCGGCAGCCCAUUUACGAUCACUGUUGCCCACCUGAGCCGCAGCGCUGAUGUGAUCGGACGGUCGGAUUAUUUAUUUUGAACGAUUUUAACGUCACAUACACACAUAUAUUCGAUUUUCUCGCCUACCAAUCGCGUACCGCCGUUGUGGUCGUAUUUUUGUUUGGGGGGGGGGGGGGGGAUGGAACGAAGGGUUUGGAAGAAGAAGAUAAUAACAACGACUACCAACGCGUUCAGGAUCUGCGUUCGUCCAGCGCCCAUUCGUCGUAUGGACCCCCACCCACCGCGUCUCCAUCGCCGCUCCCCUCUCCCCCACGCGGUCGGACUGCACGGAAGCGACCGGCGGGCGCUCCUCCAACGUCCUUCCAAUGAUCCAGCCGAUUAGGGCCCCCCCCCCCCACCGAGAAAAACAAAAAAACCUUGGCGACUUCAGCUGUGCGCAAAAAAAAAACCCCGCGUGGUGGUGUCCUUAUCCGCGUCCUUUGAAGUCUUCCGCGCUUGGCAGUGCCGGAUGGGGGGCAGUGCCGGAUGGGGGGCAGUGCUCGCACGCGGGCUGACCGGUCACGGCGCCAUCGGCGCGGCCUCGGAGCCGGUGGUGGCAACUCACAAAUUCAUUCUCGAUCUAACUCGCAAAUUGCCUGUGGCGGAGGCCACUCCCUGCCGCCAACCACAAAGUGGUCUGCUCGUCUUCUGCUCGUAUUUAUCCGACCUCGGGAGGAGGAUUAUUAUUACUACGAUGGCCGAGCCGACCGAAAAGUGCGGCGACAACCUUGACAAGGGCCUGUCCCUGUCGACGAACGGGUACUAGCCAUGACGCUCCCGCGGGCACGAGAAGAGAUCCACGACGUUGUUCAUCUUCUAAACUCAGGAUCCCUGUUGCGGCGGUGCUGUUGAAGCGCCCCAUCGUGAACGGCGGCGGCGUUGGACCGUCUAGAGCCUCCACCGGCCCUUGGCGUUUCACCACGAGAGUGGGGGGGGGGGCUCAUCCGCUCCCCUGUGGCCGACUCUUUACGGCGCAGCCAGAGGGGAGGGGGGGCCUUCUGAUGCUUGGUCACGUCCUGGCCCUGCUCCUGGCUCGGCCUUGCUGCCCAACGCCGCCACUGCCGCCACUUUCAAUUUGUCGCGUCCCGCGAAUGGGAUGUGUUUGUUUAAAAUGGGGCGCUGCUUUUGGGCCUCCAAAAGGGGGUGGUGGGGGGGGUGGUAGGCGGAUCGCGGUAGGAUGGGAGUCGCUGGUGGUAGCGAUGUGUAAGCGCUUCAGACUGCAAGCCCAACCCCCACCCGAAUUGUGCAGAUGGCCGUGUGUUGGGUCAGUUGAACAAGAUUUGCGUCGUACUGCCUGAAAGUUACGAGAAGAAAAACAUCUACAAAUAUAUAAACACUUUUGAAAAUGGUAAAAGUUUAUUGCUGCCAGUUUGUGGUUUGAGUUUGCACGCCUCGGGCCUUUAAAACUAAACUACAAACGAUUUUUUUUUUAUUUUAGCAGGUAAAGCCCCACUGAGCGGUAAAGCUUUUUUUUCAGAAACGACAUUGGCCAUCACAAUUUGUGAGCUGAACGAAGUGGGCUCAUCAUCAUAACGUGGAGAUGUAUCUUAGCCAAACACUCUUAGAUGCAUGAUGUUGAUUCUGAAUGUGGAGGGGAAAAACCGGAGGACCUGGACACACAAUCCACGCGAACACGGUGAGAGAGACACGCAGACUCCAAAUAUACAGCAGCAGGCAUCAGGGUCGGGAUUGAGCCCACGACCUCCUGUAUACCAGGCGAGGUAGUUAACAUCUCCUGGACAGUUUAAUACGUAGGCUUUCGCGACAAUAUCAAUAAUGUAGGUCUUUGGUUAGAUCGCGUAAAUAUAAGGGGCCGUCCAUAAAUGACGUCACGCACCUGGGGGGGGGGGUGAGAAAUGUGACGUCACAUCAAAAUGCGCAACUUUAAAUAUAGACAACACGUUCUACUUAAUUAAAUAGACUUUUGAAUAAAUGUUUUCUCCUACAACAUCAGAGUGCAGCACCACAUUAAAUACGCACUACAAUGACAAUAGUUUAAAGCGAUUUGAAGCAUGU